ACAUUUGCGUUUGCAGCGAAAUGAAACACACGAAUGCGCUGUGGCUGUGCUAGUUAACUGUACAUUCCCCUGAAUCAACGUACGUACCAUCUAGAUAGAAGAAGAACAUAACCUUCUCUCACAUCCACAUGCUUUUGGUAAACCUGCUCUUCUUCCCAGUUCCUACCGUCCGGUCUGGUUUUUGUUUUUCUUGCUUAAUUUGUUACACAAUUAGCCAUUGAUAGAUAGCUCUAACAAGUUCCCUCCGAACCCAGACUGCAGUUUGCUAUAAAUACAAUUCCCUUUGGAUGGAUGGAUGGAUGGAUGGAAUCCCUUUUGGUUUCAUCAAUUUUUGUAAUUAGCUAGCUAGAUUGUAUGGUAAUAUUUCUGUCUGUCCGCUCCUGUGUCGCCGAUUAUAUAGCCAUCAUUUUUAUCCUACACACACACAAUACAUAAUUGAGGGCUACUUGGUCUUGCCCCCGGGUAUAGGUUAAGUUGCAGGACAAGUGAUAUAUCGGAUUCGCACUGGUAAAUUGUGAGUUUGAUUCCCGUCUUAUAAAAUGAGACAAAGUUUUACACGCGAACGACCGACGAAAAGCCAAGGACAGUCAUCCCAAGGGCGUCUUUAAUUUCUUCUUCCCCCAACUGCUCGUCCUCGUUCCUCUAUAACUUCUGAUAGGACAGAAUGGCGGCCAUUUUUGUGUUCCUUCUGUUUUUUUAGUUUUGCUCUGAUUUAGCAAAACCAAAUGGGGUCGGGUCCAUUAGUAAUUAACUUGUGUUGGUGGGUGGUAGGACGCAUCCUAAUUCGCUGAAACUAGCUAGUGUUGAGAAGAAUGAUGGAGGAGGAGCGGUCAAGUACGAGGCCCGAAGAGCUGAUUUCUUCAUCUUCCGCGUCGAGCAGUACUAAAGCAUCAGGGGCGGCAUUGUCUGCAAACAAUGAUCAAUUGUUGUCUAGUGAUGGCGAACGUGUAAUUCGAUUGCAGCAGCAGCAGCAGCAAGGAGGGGACAAGUGGAUGGCAUUCGAUCAGCCCAGUAUCAACACUAGUGCUUCCAACAGGCAAUUGGCUUCUCAUGAUGCCGAUGAUGAUGCUGAUGCUCUGAUGAGGACGCAGCAAACGGCAGCAUUAAGCAUACUGGACCAUCGAAGAAGAAGUAGCAAGAGCCUGUCUGAGAGGUACGGCGGUGUGGAAUCAAGUAGGACGUCGGAGGAAUCGGAACCAUCAUCAGCCGGGGGCUUUCCCAGAGUUUCUCAGGAGUUGAAGGAGGCUCUGGCCACUCUGCAGCAAACAUUCGUUGUAUCAGAUGCCACCAAGCCUGAUUGUCCCAUUGUCUACGCCAGCAGUGGGUUUUUCAGCAUGACCGGCUAUUCCUCCAAGGAGAUCAUUGGAAGGAAUUGCCGCUUCCUUCAAGGCCCCGAGACGGAUCAGAAAGAAGUUGCCAAGAUACGGGAUGCGGUGAAAACCGGGAAAAGCUACUGUGGCAGGCUCUUGAACUACAAGAAAGACGGCACUCUUUUCUGGAAUCUUCUUACGGUCACCCCUAUUAAAGACGACAAUGGCAAGGUCAUCAAGUUUAUUGGUAUGCAGGUUGAAGUCAGCAAGUACACUGAAGGUAUAAAUGACAAGGCAUUGCGACCCAACGGACUGCCGAAGUCAUUGAUCCGUUAUGAUGCUCGUCAAAAGGAGGAGGCUUUAGGCUCAAUCACGGAAGUGGUUCAGACUGUGAAGGGUCCACGGUCACUUGUGCAGUCCAUAAAGCACGAGACUUUAGGAAAGCAAGAAGUGGAGGAAUUCAACCUUGAUUACAUUCUGCCUAAACCUGGUGAAACUGAAAAUAUGGGUGCACCUGGUAGAUGGACCCCUCAAUUAUAUUCUAGGACUGAUGUAACUCGUGCAAGUUCUUCCGAGGAGUUUGGGAAAAAAUUCAGAAAAUCAUUACGGAUUUCCUUAAUGGGGUUCAAAGGAAGAUCUUUAAGCUAUGCUGGACAGCAUGAAUGUGAACCAAGUAUUGAGCCAGAGGUUUUGAUGACAAAAGAUAUAGAGCGCUCUGACAGUUGGGGUCGUGCUGAACGAGAAAGGGAUGUACGUCAAGGAAUUGACCUGGCAACCACAUUGGAACGUAUAGAAAAGAAUUUUGUGAUAACAGAUCCUAGACUUCCCGAUAACCCAAUUAUAUUUGCUUCUGAUAGCUUUCUGGAAUUAACAGAGUAUACACGUGAAGAAAUUAUAGGCAGAAACUGUCGAUUUCUUCAAGGUCCUGAAACAGAUCAAGGAACUGUAUCAAAAAUAAGAGAUGCUAUCAGAGAACAAAGGGAAAUCACAGUUCAGUUGAUUAAUUACACUAAAAGUGGGAAGAAAUUCUGGAAUUUAUUCCACUUGCAGCCAAUGCGUGAUCAAAAGGGUGAACUUCAAUACUUCAUUGGUGUUCAACUAGAUGGAAGUGAUCACGUGGAACCCCUAAGAAAUCGCCUUUCAGAAAAAACAGAGCAGCAAAGUGCUAAAAUGGUGAAAGCUACUGCAGAAAAUGUUGAUGAGGCUGUCAGGGAACUUCCUGAUGCUAACUUGAGGCCAGAAGAUUUGUGGGCUAUCCAUUCCAAACCUACCUACCCCAAACCUCACAAAAAGGACAGUACUUCAUGGGCAGCCAUACAAAAGAUCACUUCAAAUGGUGAAAAAAUUGGACUAAAUCAUUUCAGGCCUAUAAGACCUCUGGGAUGUGGAGAUACUGGCAGUGUUCAUUUGGUGGAACUGAAAGGUACUGGUGAACUCUAUGCUAUGAAAGCAAUGGACAAGUCUGUAAUGUUGACGCGCAACAAGGUGCACAGAGCAUGCAUUGAGAGGGAAAUCAUUUCACUGCUGGAUCAUCCGUUCCUUCCAACACUCUACACUUCUUUUCAGACGUCUACACAUGUUUGCUUGAUAACGGACUUUUGUCCUGGAGGAGAGUUAUUUGCCUUACUUGACAAGCAACCCAUGAAAAUUUUUAAAGAGGACUCUGCAAGGUUCUAUGCAGCAGAAGUCGUGAUUGGCUUGGAAUAUCUUCACUGUUUAGGAAUAAUUUACCGGGACCUGAAGCCAGAAAAUUUGCUGCUUCAAAAGGAUGGCCAUGUUGUAUUAACUGACUUUGAUCUGUCAUUUAUGACAUCCUGUAAACCUCAAAUUAUAAAGCAUUAUCUUCCUAAGAAGAGAAGGUCUAGGAGUCAACCACCACCAACUUUUGUUGCAGAACCAAUUACACAAUCAAACUCAUUCGUUGGAACUGAAGAAUACAUUGCUCCGGAGAUCAUCACAGGCGCAGGCCACAGUAGUGCUAUUGAUUGGUGGGCUCUUGGUAUUUUGCUGUAUGAGAUGCUCUAUGGCCGAACACCUUUCAGGGGGAGAAAUAGGCAGAAGACAUUUGCCAACAUCUUGCGCAAAGACCUCACUUUUCCAAGUAGCAUUCCUGUAAGUCUUGCAGCCAGGCAAUUGAUUCAUGCACUGUUAAAUAGAGAUCCUGCAAACCGUUUAGGAUCAACCAGUGGAGCCAAUGAAAUAAAACAGCACCCUUUUUUCCGUGGAAUCAACUGGCCCCUGAUCCGCUGCAUGAGCCCACCACCCCUGGAUGUACCUCUUCAAUUAGUAGGGAAAGACCCAACGGCAGAAGAUUUACAGUGGGAGGACAAGGGAGUGCUAGUUUAUUCCAUGGAAGUUUUCUAGAGGUUUGCACGCACAAUGAUAUCAACAUAGCUCACAGUUAUAGCGUCAAUUAGCCAGUAAUUCGCCAGAGCAAUUGUCCUUUUAUUAUUUAUAUAGUUCCCUAGUAGCAUCGUUUAAAUGGCGGCGCGAAGCCGUUGUGUACGUAUUUGGGUUAUCCCAUCCCAUCGGAGGCUAUGAUAAGCAGCAGCAAGGAACUCACUCAAAAAGUGUCAUAGAACCAAUGAGGUUUUGAUUAUUGAUUUGUGGCGGUAUCAAUCUAUUACCCAUCCAUGUUGUACAUC